CAAUACCCUGAUCUGUUUCUUUUAUCAUUCGGUCUUUCAGAAAGACUCUUUCUAUAUAUUUUUUCGUAUUAUCACUUCGUUCAUAAUGUACAAUUUUUUACAAAAAAUUACUAGAACAUGGAGUGGGAGAAUCUCUUACGGAUUAGUCGAUAAGAGAUGUCAUUAUGCGACACCAGCAACAAGCAAUGUGGAACCGGCUUCAAGAAAAGAAAAAGUGAGCAAAGCCAUGAAAGCAUACCUGGAACGUGCCAAAUCUCACAAUGAGUUUAUGAAUAUACAAAACCAAGAAUUCAAACUGGGAAAGCGGCAUCUCGCUAAUAUGAUGGGAGAGGAUCCGGAAACCUUUACUCAGGACAAUAUAGAUGAAGCAAUACGGUAUCUUUUUCCUUCUGGCUUGUACGAAAAAAAAGCUCGGCCAAUCAUGAAACCACCAGAAGAAGUUAUCCCUCAGCGAAAGGCCGCAGAAUUCGAUGAGACAGGUAGACCAUUUCAUAGUAUGUUCUACACGGCACGACCUAACUACAACAAAUUAUUGUUUGAUAUUGUCGAAAAUAUCAACAGUUUAUGUGCGUUUGAGGACCGCAUGGUACGAAAACAACUGACUCCAGAUUCAUCUCAAAAAUUGGAAACUUCUGGUUUUGAGUGGUUGUCUAAAGCUGCCUUGGAAAAACAUUUGCUAGAAAUUCUCUCCGAUACUGAAUAUGAAAACUUUGUCCGUGCAAUGACGCGUCUUUGUCAGCUUCCUUAUUCAUUCAGAGAGAAAUCGUUUAUAAAUCAGUUUCGUAAACCUCUGCUAAUAAAAGCUAAUUCAGAUGAAAUUCCAAAGCCACAGUUUGAUGAAAGUGGAAAAAGCUAUAUCACGAUUUAUGAAUGUAAGCGAAAAUCGGCCCGAGCGGAUGUUACAGCAAUCGUUCCUGGAACAGGUUCUAUAACAAUCAAUGGAAAGGAUAUCACAUACUUUGAAGUAGUUCAGGCAAGGGAACAGGUUCUUUUUCCUCUUAUUUUUACAGAAAUGAUGGGCAAAGUUGACAUUGUGGCAAAUGUGGAAGAUGGUGGCUUUUCCGGGCAGGCGGGUGCUAUUCGCUGGGGUAUUUCAAUGGCCCUUCGAAGUUUUGUCGAUUCCGAAAUGAUUGAUCGCAUGAGAAUUGCUGGCCUGUUACAACGUGACUACCGAAGACGAGAACGUAAAAAACCUGGUCAGAAAGGUGCUCGUGCAAAGUAUACCUGGAAAAAACGAUAGACAAAUUGAUAUCCUGUUCUAAGUAAGUCGAUAGCAAUA